AUGCCCCCAAAGGCCAGUGCAACUCGCAAGCACACGAAGAUCACGAAAAAGCGUCCCUCGCGCAAGAAUGCGAAGGCAAUAAAAAAACCAGGGAAAAAUUCGGGUUUAAACCCGUCUUUGAAUUCAGAUGCAAGCCAGAUCGGUGUCCGUGUCGAACAACCUCAAGGUCCGGCAUCAUACCAGCAACUAAUUUCGUUAAUCGAAUCCGAAGGCAUGGACGAGGAUGAGGACGACGAGGACGAGGAUGAUGAGAUGGAGGAGGAAGAUGAUAUGGAGGAAGUCAAUAUGGAGGAAGCCAAUGAACAUCUCGCACAACCAGGUCUGUCACACGACUACUACUCAUCGUCCAUGCAGCCAGCUCCACCUCCGGACCCCCGGCAGCUCCCUCGGCAACAUCUUGGGCAACCAGGCCCAUCGCACGACUACCGCCCACCGUUCAUGCAGCCAGCUCCACCGCCGGACCCCCGGCAGAUCCCUCGACAACAUCUUGGGCAACCAGGCCCGUCACACGACUACCGCCCACCGUUCAUGCAGCCAGCUCCACCACCAGACUCCCGGCAGCUCCAACAGCAACCAGCCCCUCAUGCUCACACUUACGGGCUCCCACAGAUGCCAUUCGCACCACCGGAACUCGUGUCUCGUGAGGCACAUCAAUUUGAUGUGCCCACACCGACAACCUUCAGGAAUAUCGGACACAUGCAAGAGCCGCAGAGGGAGGAAGAACGGACACGUUAUCUGGGACGCUUACCCAUCGACCUGCCCGGAAUUCGGAAGGUAUUCGUAUACGAUCCUCGCCGCCCACCCGAAGGCCACCGGGGACAACUGUUCCCAACCGGAGUUAUCAGAGCUACAGGAGACAUCACUGUUACUGCACCACUCCCGUCUCGCAGAGAGCUGCCUCCGGUGUCUACUCCUCCCUCGCCUAUCACUAAUUUGCCUGUGGCUGGCUCCGGGCCUGUGGCCAACAGUCCUGCACGCUCCCAUCCCUAUGCUCCCCAACGUCCGACUAAUGAGCAGUUCAAGAAAUUGAUGGAAGCCGCGAAGUCUAAUAUGCGCCGCAAGGUGUUACUAGAGAACGCUAUGCCCGAAACGGGCGUCAACACGGCGAUGGCGGAGGCAGCGCUGUCGGCAGCUCGCCAGGACUUCAUGCCUGACGUGGAGGUUCCCAACUACGAAACCUGUCUUAAGAGCCUCCGAACCCUCACAACGACCAUACGAACGGCCUUCAAAACGAGGGCACGCCGCGAAGUCCCAGUCCAUUAUGAUCUUAACCGUCCGUUGGACGCAAAUGCGGAGAUCGUGCACAGGAAACAACAUGUACCGAUACUCGUUGAGAAUCACGCAUACUUGUUUUUGCACGAAACGAAUGAUCCGGACUCGCUGGCCCCAGUCAAUCAUCCUGGCGUACACGCCGUCAUCGUUGCAGCUGUGUGGGAAACCGGCUUCCACACAGAGCUUGACAUAGACGACGUGGACGCUCUCGACAAUCUGAUUUCACUCGGCGGCGCUGCAACACAUUCAGUCCUCAUGGAGCAUCUCAACGGGAGACGUCAGACGGUGGAGUUUUCAGCAUCUUCGUCAUCUGGAGCAGAGUAUCGUUUCAUUCAACAACACAAUCUCACCAUUCGUAACGUUCCUGCAGUAUAUCACGCUUCCAUUUCUUUAAAGAAAGAUUUAGUUGAACGAGGUAUAUCUACUAUCAGUACGGCUAGUAUGUCUGAUGAUCUGUAG